CAGGUUGAUAAAUACAGAAAUAUAUAUACUCUAUCAGCUAAAUAAAUAAAAAUUAAUUUAUUUGGCAAAUAUUUCAAUAUGGCACGAUAAUUUUCAUAACAAAAAUAGAACACCAGUUAAACAUGAACAAUCAGUUAAUUAAGUAAAAGUACAAGCAGUAGUACGUGUUAGUUUAGUAAACUAAAAAAUGAAUUCUGGGUACGUCUUAAUCUUUCUAAUGUCACUUUUAUUAUUGUCAGAAAGUGUUUUCGUUUGUGGUCCCAAUAUUUGCCAUGGGGUUAAAUGUCAGGUAACUGAAUGUAAAGAAGGGGAGACUAUGCUAAAGGGGGGCUGGUGCAAAUGCUGCCCAGUUUGCAACAAAAUACUAAAAGAAGGAGAACAAUGUCCUCAACCUUCUCCAUUUAUUGGAGGACCUCCACCAACUAUAUACUGCGAUGAGGGGUUGAUUUGUACAGAUGGAAAAUGUGUGGCAGUACCCACACAAGCUCCCCAAUCAAUAAAGGAAUGAUUUGAUUCAACUACAUUUCCAAAAUGCAUACAUAAUUUGAUGAUAAAGAAACUAUACCCAUGUAUAUAAAUUUUUAAACCA